AAGACAAGACACAUCCUAGUGGGGAAAGUGGCAUAGGGUUUUCGAGUCUCAUCCAGCAAUCAGUUGGACAAUCUAGAUUUUCCAAUUUAGGUAGCAAUGGGCCAACGCUAGGCCUUGAAGAUAUGUAUGAGUCAGUAGCUCAACCAUCCUUGAGGUUCUCUAAGACGAGACAUUUUGCCGAAGCCCUCAAGGCUGGCCUUAAAAUUGGUUCAGAGGCAAAUAAAGGGAUAAUUUCUCAGCCACUCAUUGCAAGGCUUCCUGCCGAAGGACGGGGCCGCCAUCAAUUACUCCCACAAUACUGGCCAAGGAUUACUGACGAAGAGUUGCAGAAGUUAUCCAGAGAUUUAAAUUCCAUUAUUGUGUCAUUGUUUGAGAAGGUUUUAAGCGCUAGUGAUGCUGGUCAAAUUGGUUGUUUGGUCCUACCCAAAGCAUGUGUUGAAGCUUAUAGUUCUAGUUAA